GUGCAACGAAGGUGUCCUGGUGAUCACGGAAGGAUUCGCGAAGGACGCUCUCGUCACGAUACGCGAAGGAACUGUGGCGAAUAAGCGCCAAGUGUUACGUACGGUGACGGUCAUCUGGCCGUUUGUGAAGGAAGUGUGAUUUUUCGGACGCCGGUGAAAUUUUGUGACAAACACGAGUGGUGAACAAACAGUGACAAACGUUGCUGAAUGUGAAUUACAAAUCGUGAUUGUUUGUGGUGUUUAACCGUUUUUAUUCUUUUAACUCAGAUAGAGGAACACACAGUAUCCCAUCGGACCGGCGAUUGAGGGCUUGUUCGGCAACGAUCGAAAGAAAAAAAAAAGAUGCAAGGAUUUCGGGCGGUCGGAAUCCUUCUGCUUGUUCAGGCAAGCUAUGCCGUCGGACAGCUCUUUGCUGAUAGCCGAAAUGCGUUGGCACCACCGGCAAGCAGAAACGUACUACGCCAGGGUGAUCGAGCACCGAGCCACGAUCACACCCAUAUCGAGACAAUCGAUGUCAAGUGUGACCAGCGGAACGGUAUGCUCGUGACGGUUCAGUUCGAGGACGAUUUCCGAGGUGUCAUCUAUAGUCAGGGCUACCACAACGAUCCCAAGUGUCGCUACGUGCAGGCGAACCAGGGCGGACGACAGUUCACCUUCACCGUACCAUACGACAGGUGCGGCAGUAAGCCAUCCUGUGCCGUAUGCGCCUCCGUAGACAAUGUGCUUGUCAUCCAGACGGACGAAGAAGUGCAGGAGGCCUGGGAUACGGCCCGGCGCAUCUCGUGCAGUCAAAGCGAGCAGCAGCAAAACACGAUCAUCUUCAAGCCGUUCGUCGUGGACCAGUUGGAGGUGGUGAACGUGCCUACUUCGACCGGUGGAGUCGAGUGCUGGAUGGACAUUCAGCGUGGCACUUAUCCGAACAUCUCGCCCAUUCCAAGCGUAAUCAAGAUCGGCGAGGCACUCAGCGUGCUGGUGUACCUGCGUGAUCCGAAGGGCGAGUACGACGUGUCCGUGAAGGACUGUUACGCGUUCGAUAGUCCCGAUUACGAUGCGUCGACUACGGCUCGUCUGCAGCUGUCCGACAAGAAUGGGUGCUCGCGCAAGAAGAAGCUGUUUGGGCUGUGGCAGAAGACGACACAAACGGGUAGCUCAGGUGCAACGCUAGUCGUGCACAACAGCAUCAAGGCGUUCAAGUUCCCUGAUCGUAUGCAGGUGUUCCUGAAGUGUGACAUCGAGAUCUGUCGCGGUGGUUGUGGGCCUCAGGUGUGUGCGGAGGAGAACCUUGUGAGCACGGUAGAGACAACUACCCGGCGACUAGCCGGUCCGACACGAGGACGACCCAGCCAAACGACAACACUGGCUCCGGUCGUGCCAACUCGCGGACGACGUCCAGAUGUGAAUGUCCCAGUUCAAACCCAACCGCCAUAUACGCCUGCUCCGACGCAACCACCGCGUCGUGGCACACGUCCACCACGUCCAGUGGAAAGCAGCACGGUGACAGCUCCACCACGACGCACUCGUCCACCAAACACUAGACCACCGACCGUACAGACGACACAAUUCGUGUGCCAACCUGGAUCCACUGACGAUCGUUGUAAUGACGUUGUUGCCGCCACACAACGACCCGACUGUUCUCGAGGAUCUCGUGAUCCUCGCUGCCGAUCGCGCGGUACUCGUCCGCCGGUUUCUACCACAACGGUAGCCACUCCCGCUCCGUUGAGAUGCUUCCCAGGAUCAACGGAUCCGCGGUGCCCAACAACCUUCCGCCCGUCAGUUCGACCAACCCAGCGUCCUCCAACGACUCCUGCAACGCAACGUCGUGGUCCCACUACAGUGGCUGACGAGGACGAUGAUGAUACUGUGCCCAAUUGUCUGCUGCGUGCGGAUGAUCCUCGAUGUGAAGAAGUCGCCGUCUUCCUGCCCGUGAUUCCACAGGAUCAGGUUACCACGAGACGACCGGUGGUGGUUCCAACCGUCCCAUCAGUAACACCAAGCCCCUCGCUUAACUGUUUCCCGGGCUCCAACGAUCCUCGCUGCCGGACACCCGUCCUUCGCUGUCCCCCGGGAACGACGGAUUCUCGUUGCCCAGGGUUCGUCGCGCCACCAAAGGACACGGCAACAUAUCUACCACCGGUCGAUAAGCCCAAUUGCUAUCCAGGAUCGAGCGAUCCACGCUGUCCGACGACUCCACGCCCAACGCCGACCACUCAGCCUCCAUUGCGUUGUUUCCCGGGCUCAAGUGAUCCUCGUUGUCCUCAAACAACUCCACGUCCAGUACCAACGACCACAUCUGCCCCAGUGUGCUAUCCAGGAUCAACCGAUCCACGUUGUCCGAAACCACCGCCAACCACUCAACCCCCAUUGCGAUGCUUCCCCGGAUCAACUGAUCUGCGGUGCCCUCAAACUACUCCCCGCCCGGUCCCAACAACUACUCCAGCGCCACGAUGCUUCCCAGGAUCAACGGAUCCACGUUGUCCUCAAACCACUCCACGUCCAGUGCCCACUACAACUCCUGCACUCCGCUGCUAUCCAGGAUCAACAGAUCCACGAUGCCCACAGACGACUCCUCGUCCGGUUCCUACUACAACCCCAGCUCUCGUUUGCUACCCGGGCUCUACGGAUCCUCGUUGUCCGACGACGCCACGUCCAACGCCGACUACUCAGCCACCGUUACGAUGCUACCCUGGCUCCAGUGAUCCUCGUUGUCCGCAAACUACACCUCGGCCGGUGCCAACAACGACACCAGCCCCUCUCUGUUAUCCUGGCUCCAGUGAUCCUCGUUGUCCGCAAACUACACCUCGGCCGGUGCCAACAACAACUCCUGCUCCAGUUUGCUACCCAGGCUCGACCGAUCCUCGAUGCCCGAAGCCGCCACCAACCACUCAACCACCUCUACGGUGCUUCCCAGGAUCAAGCGAUCUUCGAUGUCCCCAAACAACAACUCGCCCGGUGCCAACAACUACGCCUGCUCCCCGAUGUUACCCGGGAUCAAACGAUCCCCGCUGCCCAACGACACCGCGUCCGGUACCAACCACAACGCCGGCUCCGCGUUGUUUCCCCGGCUCGACUGAUCUUCGAUGCCCACAAACUACAACGCCGCGUCCUGCUCCCACAACAACUCGCGGACCUGUUUGCUUCCCAGGAUCCACUGACGCAAGAUGUCCGCAGACGACACCCCGUCCAGUGCCAACUACAACGCCCGUUCCUCGAUGCUAUCCUGGCUCAAGUGACCCUCGCUGUCCACAGACAACACCACGACCAGUCCCGCUAUGCUAUCCAGGUUCCUCCGAUCCGCAAUGUUCCGAUAAGCAAAAUUCUGAAUCUUACCUUCCCCCGGUGGAAAUUCCUAGGCCAACAACAACGCAACGUCCCGCUUGCUACCCAGGUUCAACGGAUCCACGUUGCCCUCAAACAACGACUACAAGGCGACCGACACCCACUACUACUCCGGCCCUCCGUUGUUAUCCGGGAUCGAACGAUCCACGCUGUCCAACGACGCCACGUCCUCCACCAACAACUCAGCCACCGUUGCGAUGCUACCCGGGCUCAAAUGAUCUUCGAUGCCCUCAAACAACUCCUCGUCCAGUGCCAACAACUACUGCGGCCCCACGAUGCUUCCCCGGAUCAACGGAUCCUCGUUGUCCUCAAACAACUCCACGUCCAGUACCAACGACCACACCUCCUCCAGUGUGCUAUCCAGGAUCAACCGAUCCACGUUGUCCGAAGCCACCGCCAACCACUCAGCCACCAUUGCGAUGCUUCCCAGGAUCAACUGAUCUGCGGUGCCCUCAAACAACGCCUCGCCCGGUCCCAACAACUACUCCUGCGCCACGAUGCUUCCCGGGAUCAACUGAUCCACGUUGUCCGACGACUCCACGUCCAACGACUCAACCUCCACUCCGCUGCUAUCCAGGAUCAACGGAUGUUCGUUGUCCUCAAACAACUCCUCGUCCAGUGCCAACAACUACUGCGGCCCCACGAUGCUUCCCCGGAUCAACGGAUCCUCGUUGUCCUCAAACAACUCCACGUCCAGUACCAACGACCACACCUGCCCCAGUGUGCUAUCCAGGAUCAACUGAUCCACGUUGUCCGAAGCCCCCACCAACCACUCAACCCCCAUUGCGAUGCUUCCCAGGAUCAACUGAUCUGCGGUGCCCUCAAACUACUCCCCGCCCGGUCCCAACAACUACUCCAGCGCCACGAUGCUUCCCCGGAUCAACGGAUCCUCGUUGUCCUCAAACAACUCCUCGUCCAGUGCCAACAACUACUGCGGCCCCACGAUGCUUCCCCGGAUCAACGGACCCUCGUUGUCCAACGACUCCACGUCCGACUCCAACGACGCAACCUCCGCUACGUUGCUAUCCGGGCUCCAAUGAUCCUCGCUGCCCGACCACACCAAGACCAACCACUCAGCCGCCAUUGCGUUGCUUCCCAGGAUCAACCGAUCUGCGAUGCCCGCAGACAACUCCUCGUCCUACAACACCACGUCCAACCGUGCCAUCACGCCAGCUUUGCUACCCUGGCUCUCCGGAUCCAUCGUGUCCGCGACCGUUCGUUUCCACCACACCAUCGUCGUGCUAUCCGGGCUCUCCCGAUCCCAACUGCCCGCAGCCUUAUCGACCAAGCAGCACUAAUCCUCCUGCUACUUAUUUGCCACCGUUCCCUGCAACCGGUACAGGCCGCUCCGCUCGCCAUCUCAGUCCGGAAACGCUCAACGACAUAAACGCGUUGGCCGACACCAUCGACUCCGCCUCCGUCGCAUCCAGUCCUGCAGAGCAUACCGGUGCAGUAGGCGUCACAUCCCAGGCGCAAGGAAGCACAGCCAGAACCAAGCGAGAUGUCAGCCUGCCGAACGAUCUGGAUGGAGAGUUGGCAAAGGAGAUCAUUUCCAUCACGCUCAACAUUAAGGGCUAUCAAUUUGGGCAAUGAUCGGAAGCACACGGUAGCGUGGCACUGUAACGAUCGUAUCGCUCAUAUCGCAUAAUACUCAUCUGUUCGAACGAACGGAAGUCAAUAUUUCGACAGCGUAGCCAAAAGAACAAACGAUUUGCAAUGCAAAAAGUUCUUCAUCACAUACCGACGGCCAAUUGCGGGUUACGCGUUGAAGUAGAAGUAGACAAGAUUGUAAAUAAAUUAAAUAAAACCCUCACA